AUGGCCAGAGGAACAGCGGAGGCAAAGUUCAGGGUACCGGGGAUAUUGAUCACUGGAGUUGGGAGUACGGGCUUGCCGAUUACGACGGGGACGAGCUCUGGUUCGGCCGCCUCUUCAACUACCGACACUGGCUCUGGUGCGAUUUCAUACUCGACGGGAGACGGGGAAACGACAGGAGCACGCGAUGAUCUGACCCUGCUCAUUAACGUUGAUGAUGAUUUGGACUAUGGGCUGUUUGGCAGCUUCGGCGACAGCCGACUCGUCGACAAAAGCGGGUCCGAUGGCGACCGGUUCGGGCUUGAUUAUGGCGGGGCCGAUGGCAAUGGGUUCCGGGUUGAUUAUGGCAGGCCCAAUUGCAAUGGGUUCUGGGUCGACGAGAGCGGGUCCGAUCGAGAUGGGCUCUUCAUCAAUUAUAACGGGGGCGGGUCCACCUGGACCGGGCUGCACAAGGCGGUGUGUCGGGCUGGCAACAGCCGCGGCAAUGAAGAC